GGAAGAAUGACUCUGGAGUCCAUCAUGGCGUGCUGCCUGAGCGAGGAAGCCAAGGAAGCCCGGCGGAUCAACGACGAGAUCGAGCGGCAGCUGCGUCGGGACAAGCGGGACGCCCGCCGCGAGCUGAAGCUGCUGCUGCUGGGCACAGGAGAGAGUGGCAAAAGCACAUUUAUCAAGCAGAUGAGAAUCAUUCAUGGAUCAGGUUACUCUGAUGAAGACAAAAGGGGCUUUACAAAACUGGUGUACCAGAAUAUAUUUACAGCAAUGCAGGCCAUGAUCAAGGCCAUGGAUACCCUCAAAAUCCCAUACAAGUGUGAAAAUAACAAGGUUCAUGCACUUUUAGUUCGAGAAGUUGAUGUAGAGAAGGUGUCAAGUUUUGAGAACCCAUAUGUAGAUGCAAUAAGAAGCUUAUGGAAUGACCCUGGAAUUCAGGAGUGUUAUGAUAGACGACGGGAAUAUCAAUUAUCAGAUUCAACUAAAUACUAUCUUAAUGACUUGGACCGCAUAGCAGAUUCCACCUAUCUGCCAACCCAGCAGGAUGUGCUCAGAGUUCGAGUCCCAACAACAGGCAUCAUUGAAUAUCCAUUCGACUUACAAAGCGUCAUUUUCAGAAUGGUGGAUGUGGGAGGCCAACGAUCAGAAAGAAGAAAAUGGAUACAUUGCUUUGAAAAUGUCACAUCUAUCAUGUUCCUAGUAGCUCUUAGUGAAUAUGAUCAAGUGCUUGUGGAGUCAGAUAAUGAGAAUCGAAUGGAAGAAAGCAAAGCACUCUUUAGGACAAUUAUCACAUAUCCAUGGUUCCAGAACUCUUCAGUUAUUCUGUUCCUAAAUAAAAAAGAUCUACUAGAGGAGAAAAUUAUGUACUCCCAUCUAGUUGAUUAUUUUCCAGAGUAUGAUGGACCACAGAGGGAUGCACAGGCAGCACGAGAGUUCAUCCUGAAGAUGUUCGUAGACCUGAAUCCAGACAGUGACAAAAUUAUCUACUCUCACUUCACAUGUGCUACAGACACAGAGAACAUCCGCUUCGUCUUUGCUGCUGUCAAGGACACAAUCCUGCAGUUAAACCUGAAGGAGUACAACCUGGUCUAACUGUACCUGGUGCAUCCUCCAAAACCAACUUUCCGUGAUUGAAGAUAUACAAGAGGGACUAUAUUAUAAUCUGUGAAAACAAUUUGCAUAAUACUAAUUUAUUGCCGGCCUGGACUCUCUGAAUGUCCACAGAGUUUGUAGUUAAUAUUAUGAUUUUAUUUAAAGUAUAUGGAGGAAAAAACAAAAGAUGCUGUUGUACAUUCACAGCACAUUUCCUCAUUUUUUAGGCAAAACCCUGUGACUCAAUGUGUUUCAAAUUCUCAUUCGUACAUUUACAAAGAAUAGCAGUUUUUUGCUAUUGAAGCAAAAUCAAGCUGGUUUCCUCUUUACCUAACCCUUUCUCUUCCUCUCCUUUCCUACUCCCCUUAUCUUUUAAAAGGUACAAUGGCCUUUUUUUUUCCCCCAGUUGCAUUCCUGGGUGAAAUAUUUUCUGUUGAAUGAUUUGGUCAGGAAAACACUAUCAUCACUUUUAAAUCAUCAGUCAUUCUAAUUUUACAGUAUGUACUUUGAAGGAUCAAAAAGUAUUGAUACUGUGAUUUUUAAAUUCUUUUCAUGGGUGUCUUCAUUCUGUCUUCACUUCUGAGACUAGAAUACUUGGAUUGCAAAACAGAAUUACCGUUGUCUAAGGAUAAUAAAUGUAACCAUAGUUUUACAGUUAAGAAAGGUGCACAGAAGACAGUAAUGAAGUAAUUAAGACACAAUCUGGGAUGUACAUGGAAUAUGUUAGAGCCUCUUUUUAAUUGCCAUGUGCCAUUUUUUUCUCUCUUCUUUUAUUCACAAAUGCCAAAUAGAAAAGUCGUAGACACUACAUUUUCCUCAGUGGCUGCAGCCUGAAACAUGUUUUUCUCAGUUGUGUGGGGUGUUUUUUCUUAAGUUAGAGCUUUUUUAAGUAUUUGUUUUUCACAGGAGAAAAAAUAUUUUAUUGUACAAAAUUCAUGUUGCCAAAUCUGGCUUUUUAUAAAACCAAUGCGCUUGAAACGUAAGAUACUGAUUGAAAUGCCAAAUGGAUGGGUUGGGAACUGACCUGAUUGAAUCAACUGCCAAAUGAUUAACACACACAGUUUCAGCUCAUGUGUUCCCUUUUUUAGAAAGUGUACCAAUUUCUAAUGCCAAAACCAACAUGUAAGUGAAUAUUCUAUAAGGUGUACUGUGCACCCACAUGUACUCUAGUAAUUUAAAGACAAUUUAGAUCUCUCAUUUUGUAAGUUAUGAUAUGAGAUUGUUUUCUGUAAUAAUGUCAAGGCACCUUCAGUUGUAUUACUAGAAGUUAUUGAUGAGAGAUCACGUUCAAGAACCUUUUCUGAUAAGGUUGAUUGCUAAUUGAGUCACAGGCAUUUGAUAGGCUUUCAUGCAAAAUAGCCUCUCUCAAUGUUCUUUAGAAGAGAUUUAUAAGUGUAAAUGAAGCAGUGACAAAAUCAUUCUUGAAAUUUAAAUGUGCAAUUUUUUAACAACAGAAGUGCAGCACACAUUGAUAAGCCUUUAUUCUGCAGCUUAGGUUGAAGGGUUUUUUGACUAGGUGCAUGGUUGCUAGCAAGAAAACUGUAUAGAGUUCAGACAUGUAAUUGGAUUGAUUAUGAUGCCAACUGGCACUAGAGUGCACUUAACAGAAAAACGGCUGCCACAUAGCAGCAGAUGGAGGGUGGGAAAAAGAAUGGUUUAUUAGUUGAUUACCAAAGUUAACAGUAAAUACUAAUGAGAUAUUUUUCAUCCUUAACCCUCCCAAAUUCAAAAGAACGAUAAUAAGAACAGUUACUAUUUUUUGCUCCCUCUUUAAACACCUUGUAAUUUAAAACUGGUUGUAGGUAUAGUGCAAUUAUGAAUGCUAUAAUCAUUGUACAUACAUAUAUAUAUAUAUAUAUAUAUGGCAGCAUCCAUAUUGGCUUUGUAAUCAUUAAUUUUGGGCAAAUUGAAUGUGCUGUAUUGAUAUGUAUCUAUGUAAUUGUAUUGUAUGUCUUAUAGCUAAUUCACAUUUUAAAUAAUGUUAUUUUAUUUACUUUUUUAAGAGAGAAGAAUGUAAAUUUUGUCAGUUUAUUUCUGACUAGGGAUUUGUUGUUGUUUUUAUUUACAAAACAAAAUACUAUAGUACAGAGCGGUACUAGCAUCGUGCUGUAUAAAAUCAUUUGCACAUUCCUGAGUAGGAGUAAAUUGGAGACACCAAGACAGAAAUUAUUCACAUUCAAAACAAUGCUCAAAUCUUGUCGGGGCUUUAUACAGCUGUAGAAAACAAUCCUAUUACAAGAACUUAUGUUAUUAUAUCUCAUAUUGGAACAUAAAUGUUAAAUAGAAAUUUCGGUUUUUUAUUUGACUGAUUCGCAUUAGGUUAUUUUCACUUUUCUUAUAGUUUUAUUGGAAAAGUAAAUUCAGAGAUAUUUCAAACCAUUGUACCCUAAGUACUAAUGCAUAUAUGCUGUUGCCCUAAAAAUACCAUGAUAAACUGCAAAACCUCAGAUCAGUCUUUCAGAUACUGCGGAAACCUUAGGUAUAAAAACAACAACCAAAAAGUCACUAUUGUUAAUGAUUUUAAGGAGUUAAAGUGUUUUAUUUAAUGAAGCUAAAGCAGGUAGAUCUAGAUUAUGAAAAGUGACACUGACAUUCUGAAUAGGGGAUCAGAGCAGUGGCUCUUUCUUACAUACAGCUUAACAAAAUUGGUCCUGAUCAUGCUAUAAAUGCAACAGAGCUUCUGUUUUCACAGUUCCACUGUUUAUAAUAUCCCUUUUUUUAACAUGGGGAUACAUUGCCCACACUGGACUCAGUGCUAUAAAUGGAACUGUAGCCAAAAAAGGAAGGGGAAAAGAAAAAAAAGAAAAGACAAACACAAUGAAACAAAAAGCCUAGACAGUGGUGUCUAACAGAAGUUUGGGUUUUUUUAAUUUGGGUUGGUUUUUUUUCCCUUAUGGGAUAUUGGGUGGGGGAAAAGGAAAUGUGGUUUCAAGUUUUGUAUAAAAACAAAACAAAAGUUUACUCAUGCUUUAUAGUUAUAUUGUGAUUGCAGAAGUUUUCUAGAGUGUGUGCCACUGGACUAUUUUCUGGUAUUUUUUAGGUAAGUUGAACCUGUGGCAAUGUUUAGAUCAUUUGAGCAUGUUCUGGGAAAAAAAAAUUUGGCAUGCCAAGGCAAGCUUUACAUGAAUCACCUAACACAGCAUUGCAGUAUACCAGUUUACAAAACAUUUUCUUUUUAAAUAACACAGCUGUUCCCACUUGUUGUGUAUUCCAUUGUGGUGGUGGUGGUGAUGUUGCUGUUGUUUUAAUUGGUGGUUUCUACUAUGCCUUACAGUGCUUAAGUACAGAAGUUUGUGCCUCUGACAUGAAGCUGAAGGCAAAAACAUCGAGACAGAAACCCUUUUAACUUUGCCAAAAUGAUGUAUUUUCUUUGAAUGUUAUAAAUGGGGGAGGAGGGAAGGAAAAUGUCUUGGGAACCUGUGUAUUCUAAAUGUUCACUAGCACAAGAAAGCUGUAAUAUGUGUUUUACAGAAACCUGGAACUUGCCUUUUUCACAAAGUAACUGUCACUGUCCUAAAGAUGUAGGAUGAUGCUUCUAUAAGGGCAGUUUACUUUUUAUAAUUCAGUCUCUUUUGAUUGUCAAGGUGUAUGGACUGUACUUUUUAAUCAUACUGCCACAUGAUUGUGAAUCACUUUUUAAAGUUUGAAAAGGGAGAAGAGACUUUUAAUGCUGGAUAACAGUCAGAAUUGACUGUGUGAUUUGCAAAAACUCUAUAUGGGGGAAAAGGGCUGCAUAUAGAUUUUGCUAGACUCCCAGCCUUGAGUUGUAAGGUGAAGAAGACGUUCAGAUUACUCAACCUCAUGACCCUUUCCUUGUUAAACAUUCUUCACAAAAGAAUGAAAUAUUAGGAGAAAACAAAUACAUGUUAACCCACAUGAAAAAAAUAAAAUUUAGACAUUUAAUUUAUUACAUGUGCUGCUAUUCUUGGAGCUCUGUGCAUAGUUAUCCUGCAGACUAUUAUGUUAGUGAACUAAUGAAGUGUUCACAGCAUAUUAACGAGGCCUACACAUGACCUACCUCUAGUUAAGAGAUUAGUAAAGUAGCUAUGUUUUGGAGAGACUGACAUAAGUAAUUUAGAAAAUUAAAUAUCAGGACAUUUAAGUUAACCAUGGGAUUUUAGAAAUUGGCACUUUUACAAAUACGGUCCCUCUUUUGACAUAAACCAUUAAUUCUAGAAUUUAAUAGACAUUAAACAUCUAAAGCCUUACCAGCUUUUUGGUUUAGUAGAAGUCUUGCAAAACAAUAGCUUUAGAUUGAGAAAUGGAGCUACUGAUAUUUCCUCUGUUUUGCCUUCUGGUUAUCUGUAGCAUUUUGAAUUCUGUCAGUCAAACAAGAAAUUUUUCUAUCUCGUCUAUACAUUGGGGUCACAAUUUAGAUGAUGAAAGAAUUUUACUGUAGGUUUAUCUUGAGCUUUUUCACAGUAGUCAUACUGCAGGUAAGAAGGGAAUAGAGAUUUUGAAAACGGUGUCAAAAGAUACAUUAAGUUUUAUGUAAAUUAUUUGAAGUUUUUUUGCUCUCAGAAUACAGUUUAAGCUGAUUUCCUUGUUUACCAUGCUGCAGGAAAUCCUUAUUUGACCAGUUCUUAAUAUUUUUUUUUUCUUUUAAGGAAAGAGUGUCAGAUGCAUUUUUAAACUUAAGAGUAUUUAAAAAUAAUAUUUGCUGUUCUUAAACUGUCACUUAAAUGCAUGUAUUGUGUGUUGCUUGAGGGAUGGAAAUAGUUUUUUUUAAAAACUAAUAUUGUGCAGUUUCUGCCCCUCAAAAAUGUUGUUGGUUAAAAAUACAGUAUUUUUUGCCAUAUCUUCAUAUUAUAGCAUCUUCAUUCCUUUAAAUUUAGUUUUUCUGGAAUAUUUGGACUUAUUGUUCUCCCAAAAUGCUUCUUAUUAUGGUAAAUGCAGGAGAGAUGUUUUACUCCAAAAUUACUUUAUAAUUAUGCAUGCUCCAUCAUCAUUGUCUAAAUAUUACAUUUUCCAGAGUAUCUUUGUUACAGCCAGAUGUUCAAAACAUUUAGGGUUUGUUACAGUGAAGAAGGUAAUUCAGCAGUAUUAUAAAAGUUUUGGAGUUUUUUUGGUUUGUGUACAAUGAAAACUCAGAAGCAUGGGAGAAAAGAAAUAAAUCCUAUGUCUCAGGAAAAGUAAACUCAUACUUUGUAGACAGGAAAAUUUCUUAAGGCGUUUUGGAUGAUUACAAUACUCCUGCAAGAGUAGUGUGUUUCUUAGAUCUUUUUGUCUACCUAUGUCAUGAUAGAAGUAACAGAAGGAGGCCUAUGUGCUACUUUGCAGGAGUUUGACUCAUACCUGGUCAACAAUCAGUGGAUCUUAGAUCGUCACUACUGAAGAAAUAAUAUUUCAGGCAAGUUGCAAAAAUUAGUUGGUUCUUUAUUAAGUGAACAAAACAGUUGAGGUAAGAAUCUUGGAGUGUAAACUGUUUGCUUAAGCAAAGACAAGAGUGAAUGGUUCCUCAUUUUUCUUGCCAGUUGCAGAAUGUAUGGGAGAAGGAUCAGUCGUUAGGGAACGAUUUAUUUUAUGUCUGUGUCUCAGUGAAGAUAAUGUCAACAAACUACAGUGUCAUUGUGACAUUUAGAUAUGUGAAAUAGAUGUAGAAACUGUAUCUGUGUGGUAAGUUGUGCAUACUUGUGAUUAAAAUCUUACAUCAGAUGCUAUGAUCAUCUCACCCAGUUACCAAGCACUUUGUAGAAUACUGUUCCAAACAUCUAGGAGUUCCAGAGUAUUUUAAGACUGCCACAAAAUACACAAUUGCCAGAUCCUCAGGAGCACACCUGGUAUCAGUAUCCAAUACAAAGGCACCAGACCCCCUCUCAAAGCUCAUUACUUUUAAAAGGAGCUAUUCUCCAAGACCUCUGAUCCUGCUUUUCAUCUACUCAGAGCUUUCUCUCUCCCUGUCAGCCCUGCUGCUUUGUCAAUGAACUGGGUGGAACAAAAAACACCUUAGUUUUGCUCUUCUUGCUUGGCUGCCUUAUUAGUCUAAUUUUCAGGGAUUUCAGCCAGUUUGGCUGACCAGUGAUUACAAGAAGUGCUAAGCUGACCAAGUGGAAGGGGUAGAAUUGUGUGGCCCAAAGGCUUAGAAAUGAGGAAAAAAGGGAGUAACUUUCCUCCCUGAAAACCUCGUCCUAGACCUGUAGUUUCUAAACUCUUCAUUUUGUGCACUAUUAGCUAUUCUGGCUUGGAAGUGUUGCACUUUUAAUUUUUAAAGGCCUUGAUUGCAUAGUUACUCUAAAAAAAAAAUAAAAAAAGAAAAAGGAAAUUAUGGAGCAAGGAAAACUUUCUUGCUCCCCUUUAAGAAUCACAAGUUUCUGUGUACAUGGACUAAAUGCAAUUGUGGUCAGACUGAUGGCUGACACCAAGAAAUCAAACUUAGUGUUAAGGAUGGAAAAAUACAAAAAUUGGACUUUAAUUCAUGCCACCAGAAAAGCCCCCAUAACAUAGCAAAACAAAAAAAAAAAAAAAAGAACCAAACAAACCAAAACAUGUUUUUUUCCAGUAAGCUCUAAAAAGAAAAUGUUUUCUAUCUUAUAUAAAAUGCUGUGUUGCUGGGCAUGAUGUUCAGGAUUUACUGUGUCUUGUCCAAGGCACUUCUUUCUCCAUUCACAUUUAUUUAUUAUCACACUCAUUAAUUGCCUCCUCUUCCACACUCAUUAAUUGUCAUCUAAAGAAAAUACAGUAUUGCUUUAUGUAUGUGCACUCUGGAAUACUUUCUGAUCCUUGUGAAUUAAAUGUAAAUUGGUCUGGUAAAAUUCAACAACUGAUGAUGUGUAGUACAGCUAAAGAGAAAGGCACUUUGUGCCUAAUCUUCUUCCUCCUGCCAUUUUGUUUUGAUUAUUUUUUGGUAUCUUUAUCCUGUUUGCCACAAAGAGAAGGUUUCUUGACAUACCAGAUUCGAUUUUGGUAGUCAUUGCAGAGUUGAUCAUACUGGCUGCAUUAAAGACAGUUGUGAAUAAGAACAGCUUCAGAAGGUUCCUGUAACUAGGGGCAGAUACAAUUAGCCUUCUGGUCAUGCAUUUCAGAAAACUAUAACACUGUAGUUGGAAUACAAUCACUUGAACGAUGUAGGCAAACAUGGGCCAAAUUCUGCCAUUUUAAUAUGUCAUUUUUCAUUGUCAGCAGAGAGCUGUUUGCUAAAAUGUUGCAGAAAAUUUGCCUUUUUUCCUGCAGUCCUGUAUGAGGUGGUUAAUGAAAUGAUCAGGCUGGCACUCAACUGAAGAGAUGCAUUAAUUCGACACUAAGUUCAAAUGUAUUCUUGCAGAGACUAUUGCAUAAGAUUACUUUAUAUGAUGCUAACAACAACAACAAAAAAGAUACUUGCAUGCAGUAAAUAUUUAAGAUAUUGCACUUUUAUACAUUUAUUAUAAAGAGGAAUCACUCUCUCCCUGAAAAUAAAAUUCCAUUUAUCUCACAAUGAAGUAUCUGGAGUCUCUUAAAACUGUCAGUUACUUGUGCACACAAGUGUGAUUAUUGUAUACUAGAGGCUAAUUAAUCUGUUGUCUGUCACAUGCUGCAGAAUACUUGGUUUAUUUCAAACGCUGAUUUUGGAAAGGCCAGAUAAUGUUUUUAUUAGUAUCUUGGUGACUACUUUUCUCAGCAUGUUUUUAGGAGAACCCUCACAGUUACUGAUAAGACCUGAUUUAUUUUAGCUCAAGAAAUUAACUGAUUUGCUAUUAUUAUCAAAAUUUUUUCUUCAAGUGCUUUAGAACUUCACUGUUUCAUCUCACUUUGCUGAAAUCAAGCAACCUGAGUGUAAUUGAGAGGCAAAAGGCUAGAUAUAAACAUAGUCAAAUUUGAUACUUUCCUUGCAUAAUAAUCUUUAAAUGUAUAAAUCAACUGCAUUACUAUAAUUUAACUGAUGGAGCUAUUCCUCUUGAAUUGCAACAGGCUGUGAUGGUAUUAAAAAGAGAUCAAUUGUCCUUUUCUUAUAUACAUAAUCAUAUUUUUCAAAUUCUUUACAAGAUGUUGGAAGUGUUCAAAUAUUUUUAUGACUAAUACAUGUAAAAACAGCUUAGCUGAUUUUCAGUAUUAUUUAAUGGUCUAGAAACUGUUGGAAUCUUUUGUUAGAAGUUAUAGAACUGGUGCUACAAGUGAAAGAUUUCUGUGGUUAUGGAUUAAAUAAUUCUCUUUUGAUACAUGUUCACACUUAUACAUGCUGAUUUUAUUUCUGAUAAUAUGAAACAAAAGCAACUCCAUUCUAGAUAGCAAAACAUAGUCCUCAAUUAAAAACCAGAAGGGCAAAACAUUACAUAGCUAGAAGGUAAAUACAGGGGUUAACCUAGAUGAUAGUGUACAAUGUAAAUGAGCACAACAAAUUUCCUAAGCAGAGAAAAGUUUAUGUAAACUGAGAAAUAAUUUGUGAGUUGUUUAGUUGACUGUUCACUUGUUCAAGGUUAAUAGAAAAAAACAUUCUGGGUUUGAGAUACUUUGUUUGCUUCUCUUUAGGAGACUUCUUUAAACAUUUUGCAGUUCAAAGCAAUGUGGUUUAAAAGUUUUCUCCCUUACCCUGAUGUUCAAGAGUUGAGACAUACACAUUCAAAAGCUUAAACAGAUGCUUCCAAAUUGCAGUGGAGGGGGAUAGCGUAAUGCUGCAAAGCAUGGAAGGCAGACCUUUUGUCCCCAGUCAUGCAGAUGAAAAUGAUUUUGCUAGUUGACCUGCAAAACACACAAUUUAAUUAUUCUGUUUGUCUUCUCAAUAGAAAAUAUUAUGGCUUCAGUAUCCUAGCACAGUCAUUUUAAUUCUAACUGAAGAGUUGUUAAUUAACAACUCAGUUUUUCUAAUGGAAAUAGGGAAAAUGGUUGUCUUACCCAAGGCUACAAAAAGAGCUUAACACCUUUCCUGAACUCUUGGUCAUUUAAUGUUUGAUUUGCUGGCUUGGAGAGACACGAGUAUGACCCUUGUUUAGCCUUCUGUUGCACAGCGGGCAAAAAGACAGGUCCUAACCACAAGAAAUUAAUGAAAGGGCAGACAAAUUCAGCUGCUGCAGAUUCGUUUUCUGCAAUCUAUUCAUACUGGCUUAGUCUUUGCUUUCAAUAAUUCUGUGACCAACACAGUUUCGGAGAAAAUAGUUUUCCUUGUCUGCCUGGAGGUCCUUUCAGUAAAACUUUGAUUCCACUCAUAUAUGGGAAAGAAAUUUGCUUCUCAGAAGAGGCUUCUUUUACAGCUGAUUAUCUGAUAUUUCCAAACAUUAACUUGGUAGUUGAAGGUCUGUAAGUGAAAGGGUGAAGCAUUAAAAGAAAGUGUGUAUUUCCCUCAGGCUGACAAGCAUUAUUUAAAAUGCUUAUGGGUACAUGGAAAUUGCUAUUCAGUGCACAGUGAUCACCUUGGUCUGCUGUGUCACCUGUGAACCCAGGGCCCUAAAGAAAGGAAGUCAUAACAGAAAGUCACGUUGUCAGAUGUUCCUCUGUUCAAAGCAAGAGUAGAUGUGCUGCUGCUUUUGUGGAACAAAAUUUCUCUACAACAGAGAUACCUGUUUCCUUCUUCUCCCUAUUAUUUUUAUACAUUAAAAACCAACCAAACAACAAAAAAAAAAAACCCCAAAACCACCACACCCAACCACAAAAACCAACUCCAACAAACAAAACCUCCCAAAGGAGCUGGGAAGGCCUAUGGCAACCUACACACACAUUCCAGACAACA